AUGGCCCAUGUGGGAGCCGCACCUGCAGAGGGCCCCCAACAGCAGCGCUGCCAGACCAAACCUUUCGCAUUCUUCCUAGCUGGUGAUUCGACAACAGCUAUACAGAGUCCGAACGGCGGCGGCUGGGGCACGGGGUUUCUGUCUUAUCUCAACGACACGGCGGGAGCCUGGGGCGUCAAUCACGGCAUCAACGGCGCGACCACGGCAUCUUUUGUCGAAGCAGGAGAGUGGGCACGUGUGCUGUCGUCGGUUCACCAAAACAGCGCAAACAGCAGCUGCGUCGUGACGAUUCAGUUUGGGCACAACGACCAACUUCCAUCCCGAGGCGUCUCGAGAGAACAGUUCCAGUCAAACUUGGAGAAUUUUGCUAUUGAUGUUACUGCCGCAGGGGGGCUGCCAGUAAUACUGAGCCCGCUCUCGAGGAGAGAUUUCUGGGACAACGGAACGCUUGUAGAUUCUCUUGGAGUUGAGCGGAGCUUGGCCAAGACGGCUGCGGCCAAUUCCGGCGCGAGAUUUGUUGACCUGAACCAGGCGAGCGCCAGCUAUAUCCAGGCCAUUGGAGCGGGAGCCAGCAAGAAGUAUAACAGCAGUCCUGGUGACACGACGCACCUAGACAAGUGGGGGAGUGUGGUAUUCGGAAGGAUGCUUGCAGACUUGCUGCUUGGGCAUGAUGCAAGACUGGAUAGCGAAGACAGAGAUGUUGGGAUGAUGGUGCAGAACCCUGAGUUGAUAAUUCUCGAGCAGGACGGGUCAGACGAACUGGAGCCUAGGGCUGAAUGCCUGAAGGGGUGGCUUGUCGAGGACAAGGAGCUUAGUCGCAAGAUUUGGAAAGGAGAUGCGGCCUGA